CCCCGGCUGGAGCGGCGCGGGCACCGUCCCGCGGAGCCGCACGGAGCGUCCCCUGCGCCCGCACCCGGAGUGGCCCCACGCGGUGAGGGAGGGUCCCGCUCGCUGCGUGAGUCCCGCGCGGUGACUGAGUGUCCCCCGCAGCCGCCCGCUUUCCCGGGGAGCUUUGUGUUUCUGUCAGUGACAAGAUGACAAUUCAUAUUUCUACCAAAUGAUCCAGUGACUCAUCCUAUUAACUCUGCUGGAAUACACGCUCCCAGUCAUCCUGCCACGGUUUCCCAGAUGCUUUACUGCUUCUCCUUGUCUCGUCUGGGUUUAAAUUAUGACUGGAAGUCCCUCCACAUUUGAUAUUCCUGCCUUUGGAGAUUAUGCCAGCUGCAGUUCUGAACCAACCAAUAUCACAAUGACUGAGGACUUGGACCACAGAUUCAGUUAUCUCACUUGGGAUCAGAUUAAAAUCCUGGAUCAGGUUUUAACUGAGGCUAUACCUAUUCAUGGGAGAGGCAAUUUUCCAACCCUGGAGGUAAAGCCAAAGGAUAUCAUCCAUAUGGUAAAGGAGCAGCUCAUUGAGAAGCAGAUCCAUGUCAGGGACAUCCGCCUGAACGGUUCCACUGCCAGUCACAUCCUGGUGAAGCACAAUGGCACCAGUUACAAGGACCUGGACAUCAUCUUUGGAGUGGAACUUCCCAGUGAGCUCGAGUUCCAGGUCGUUAAGGAAGCAGUUCUCAAUUGCCUAUUGGACUUCUUGCCAAAAUGCGUUAACAAGCAAAAAAUCACGGCUCAGACCAUGAAAGAUGCCUACGUGCAGAAGAUGGUCAAAGUCUCCACCGACCACGACCGCUGGAGCCUCAUCUCACUGUCCAACAACAGCGGCAAGAACGUGGAGCUGAAGUUCGUCAGCUCGCUGCGGCGGCAGUUUGAGUUCAGCGUGGACUCCUUCCAGAUCAUCCUGGACUCCAUCCUGGACAUCUACAGAGCCUCGGACCGGCCCCUGACGCAGGACUAUCACCCCGCCGUCAUCGCCGAGAGCAUGUACGGGGACUUCAACCAAGCCAUGGACCACCUGAAGUACAAACUGAUCUCCACCCGGAACCCGGAGGAGAUCAGGGGAGGCGGCCUCCUGAAGUACAGCAACCUCCUGGUCCGUGACUUUAAGCCGGCAGAUGAGGCUGAAAUUAAAUCUCUGGAACGUUACAUGUGCUCCAGGUUCUUCAUUGAUUUUCCCGACGUUGCCGAGCAGCAGAGGAAAAUCGAGUCCUACCUGCGCAACCACUUCAUCGGGGAGGAGAAGAGCAAGUACGACUACUUGAUGACCCUGCGUGGGGUGGUGAACAAGAGCACAGUCUGCCUCAUGGGGCACGAGCGAAGGCAAACCCUCAAUAUGAUCACAAUUCUGGCUUUAAAGGUGCUCGGAGAACAGAACAUCAUCCCCAACGCGGCCAAUGUCACGUGCUACUAUCAGCCUGCUCCCUAUAUCAGUGACAGAAACUUCAGCAACUACUACAUUGCCCAUGGACAACCCCCUGUGUUCUACCAGUUGUACCCUUUCCACAUACAGCUACAGAGCGGGAUGGUGUAGGAACGCUCCAACCUCCAAGCACUCACCAUUCCUCUCUUUCCAGUUCUCUCUUUAAUAAAGGCCUCAUUAAAGCGAGUUUUAUCAGC